UGUCACGGACGCCAUCUCAGGAUUACAGACGUGCAUUUUUUUAUUUAAGCAGCAUAAAUAAUAAUUAUUCCAUGAGUUGACUUAUUUUAAAACGACAUACAUAUAUAUAUAUAGCUGUGUUUUAUUCCAGCUAGCUGUUAGCUUGUGGCGCUAGUAGCCGCGGAGGGAUACAGCAGCGUGUUUAUGUUUCCGCAGACAUGUCGGAGGGAUCUGCGGCUCACAGCGGCGACAGACACGUCGGUGACGUGGAGAACAACAACCCGGCGUCGGUGAUAUCUGGGGUAGUCGGGGUUAACUCGGGUAAUAAACCGAGACAGGCUCCCCUGCUGAAGAAAGGAGGAGGCGGCUGCGCUCCACGGCGCCGCCGCGUCACCAGAAGCCUCCGCGGAACGGGCCCAACAUCCGGGUCUCUGACCAGAACAACAACAACACGGUGACGUCACAGCCCGCAGCAGAACCGCUGACCGUCCACGACCUCAACCAGGAGGACGAGGGCCAGCUGCUGAAAUCAAAAGGCGGCAGGUCGGAGCGAGGAGCCGCUCAGCCGGCUGGCCACCCCGCCCGCAACUUCCCCGACACGACCGAAUCACCCAGAACAUGAUCACACGGAGCCACAAGCCCAAGCAGGGCCAAAGCCCCGGGUCGGCUCACUCCGCCAAGAAGAAAGACAACGGCAGCCCGAACAAGCCCGUUACCUUCCACCCGCUCCACGCCUCCGACAACGUGAAGCCCGCCGAGGCUGCGCCGGAAUGCCUCAAGGACGGCGAGAAGGUCUACGCCGGAGCCAAGUUCAGCGAGCCGCCGUCACCGAGUGUCUUACCUAAACCUCCGAGCCACUGGGUCGGAGAAAAGGAGCCUCAACAGAGCAACCAAAGCCGAGAGCAAAUGACUGUUCAUCUGAAGUCACUGCUGAAGGUUCAAGAUAAGUCAUGACCACGCCGGCUAACUGUCGGAUUUACGCUGAACGACAACAAUUGGAAAAUAAGCAUUUAGGUAAAUCCAGUUAGGCCUUUAACACACUGCAAUACAAUGUGGGGAGUUUUUAUUAACUGUAGUACAAUUAACCGUGAAUCAACAUGCCGCCUGCACCUCUGGACGUUUGUGGACACAUCGCGUUGCUCCUGGAGAUCUGACCGACACGCUGUGUGCGUCAGUGCUGUUUAAACAUAUCUCCUGCCUUCUUUGUAGGCAGAGGAAGGAAAUAAAAUAUGUGUUUCUGCAACGUAAGGAAGCGUUCAGCAGGAGGAUGAUGUCGUCUCCGGCGGCAACACGAUCGCUGAAUCCUAUUCACACGACGCAAAGUGAUGACGCCACUUUCUUUGUGAACACUUUUGAAAAGGCAGCUUUGUGUGGGUUUUUUUUAAAGAGCUCAUGUAAAUGUACAAAAUAUAUUGUAAACAUAUAUUUGUGUAUAUUUUUCCUUGUUUUAACUGAGAUAAUAGUUUUGUUACUGAGGUUUUUCCUACAAAAACAAUAGAAAAAGAAAAAAAAAUGUCCCCCCUGCGAACUGAGGCACCUGUUUCAGCUGUUUUAGCUUGAGGCUCGGUGGACGUAAGAAAGACUUUUCUAACUGAUUUGCACUGAAAAUCGGGGAAGGGCAGGAGACGUGAUUAGGAUGCUCCAAAGCUGGAUCACCCCCUAGCCAGCUUUGACCACAGGGGAGGACGUCCACAUCCUCCUGGACGGGCAUUUUUCUGAAAUGGCUCAGAAAGCGGGCGACACAAAAUGCCAGAUUUUUCCCCACCUGGUCGCAAAAGUUCUUUCCCUUCCUUGAACACGGGUCCAAACUGUGGUGAAGCUAAGAGUCGAAUCAGGGACUGUGAGGCUGCUGAAGCCGAAGACCACAAUGUGAAGAGUCUCACACAACCAGCAUCCAGACGAAGUGCUAUUUCCUUUUUUUUUUAUAUAUAUUAUAUCUUUAUUGCACUGUCUUAGAGUACGUUCACAAGAAGACGGCUAAGUUUAAAAUAUAUUUUUCUCUCUGUCCGCACUGAGCCGGUGUGUCUGUCGCUCCCUAAAAAAAACGAAGCUUUUACAGAACGGCAUCCAGAAGUGGGUGAAUCUUAAAAUGUGGGCUUGGUGUUUCUUGUUGUGGGUGCAAGAAAAAAACCGCACUUGACGUAUGAAACAAGCCGGCCGAGUCACUGUUGAAUGCGCCUCAGUAAAAAGACAAUCUUCUGUUGCUUCCGGCUUUCUCUGUGAUCAGUCAUUUUAAAUGUCCGACUAGGUCAUCACCAAAAUUACUAGAAUAAGUGAAUUGCGUGAAGAAUUACCCGCAAUUAUUUUGAAAAUAAUCGUUUGAGUCAUUUGCUGCUUCCAGCUUCUAAAUUGUGACGCUGUUUCCUCUUUUAUAUCAUCUAAAUACGUUUGGAUUUUUGGACAAUGCGUCGGACAGAACAAGACAUUUUUGGUGUGUCACUAAAGGAUCUGUUGUGAGAGGUAACACUUUUAAACAAUAAAAUAUGAGUAAUUCAUUAUAAAAUAAUCAGAACCUUUGUCAUAACCAUAAAAUAAUGACUUUGACUCAUAAUCUAGCAGUAGAAACUAAAUGGUGCAUUUCCGCUGUAUUAAAAGACAGGAAACGUGAUCACAAAGAGCAGGAGAGGACAGAAAACUGGUUUAUGUUUUGUUUGACUCACACAGAUGCCAAAGAAGAAGAGAUUAAGCUGUUUUCAUGUUCUUCAGGUGUCUCUGUGGACGGUUUCACACGUGAACUGAUUUUUAAAGAUUGUAUGGCUUCAUGUGGGACGUGUCUUUUGUCUUUUGAAGGGGACUUUGUUUUCACGCACUUCAUUUCUCAUACCUCUCCUUUACUUUUUAAUUUCUUUAAGAUACUUUAAAGCACAAAUAAUGUUUACCAAGAGUGCAGUAUGCGUUGAAUAUGGCGCAGAUGAUCUUGUGAUUAUGUAUCUUGUGUUUAUUUUUUUUGGUAUUAUUAUUUGAAUGGUUUCUGUGGAUGCAGGAUCUCGUUUCUUGACCUCUGUGACGUCAUGUUAAUGGAAAAUUGUAUUACUUUAGCAAAAACUGCCCGUUUUAUUUCAGUGUUUUCAAAUUAUUUCAUUCCAGUGACAAGAAUAUGGUUAACGACACACCUCCAUGCCAUAAUUGGGGGGGGAAAAAGUGUUUUAUGAAGAAUUUCUUUCAUAUCUAAAUUAAAAAUGAUAUUAAAAUAUUGA